AUGGUGAGAGGCCUUUUUGGAUUUGGCAAGAGGUCAGGCCAGGACCGGAACAGGGAGCCCGAGCGCAGGAAGUGCGAUGAGGAGGACAUGCUGGGGGAGGACCCGAAACAGCCUAUUCUCUUGAGUGGAAAGACAUGCGAGUCGGUGCAGUCCUCGUCGAUAUUCUCGCGGGGGCUGCGCACCUGCGGGACGGAUAUCUCGACUAGCGGUGCUUUUUCCGAGAGCGGCGCACGAGUGGAUAAGGACAUAGGCAAGCCCUUAAGGGUAACGGGCGUGGGCACGGCGCUGGGUACUGUGGCCGAGCACGAGGAGGGUAGCCAGACGCUGGGACUGGUGCCUUCUGGGACUGACUCGACAGGAGAUGCAUACGAGGAAACGCACCCGGACCGACGGGGAGCCGGGCAGCUCGAGACAGAGCUUCAGGAGCUUGGGGACAAACUCGACUCAGUGAUGGAUGAAAUAGUACAAAACGUAACAAAUGUGUCGAAGGCGGUUAUCCAGGCCAUCGAGCAUUUCAAAAACUUCCUCGAACAGGCCGAGGGUUGCCAUUAUGGCGUGUCCACGGAACAUUCUGCUGCGUUUAGGAGGAUCACCAAAAUAGUGUUGCAUUUCCAGGACAAUCUCUUGCAGUCCGACGUAUUCAGUAACUCCCGCGCUAUACUAUUGAGAUGGUAUAUCAAGUUUUUGACCAGCUUGAACCUCGAAGUGCAUGACUUACCGCCCGCUGAUGUGAAACGGAUGCCACUUCCAUCCCUUAAAAUUUAUGCCAUAGGCCAGGACUGCAAUCUACCGAAUAGAGAUAAAAUAUCUACUAUCAUCGAGGAGAUUGCCGGCGCCAAUGAUUCGUCGAUUUCUGACCAGGAAGGUGCGUUUAUUGCUCCAGUCUUGAGAGGGCUGGAUAAGAACUCCGCAAUAUUAACUAUUCUGUUUGGCUUUCCGAGACCUCAGCAAGCUCAUUAUGAGAUGGUAAAAGUAUUGUACUCACUGUUCCGAGACGUUCACUUCUAUUGUGUUAAAGAUUAUAUCACCCCAUGUGCUGCGAACGUCGCACCCAAUGUAGUACCUUCUUCGAUACCUAUGCAGGCAUUUAGCCCGCAAAGGACACAGUUCAUUCCUCCUUACACGCUGCCAUCUGAUGUUAUGGCUCCGCCGAUGUCAAUGUCCCUUUCCUCGGAAGAUAGUGUGAGCAUGACGGGCACCCUAGGGGGCUAUCUUUUCCCGCAGAUUCCUGAAAGCGAGGAACACCUAUCAGGCUUUGCCGGGGCGGCAUUUGGAAUCACAUGCGCACACGUUGUAUUGACGGAGUCGCAGGACCACCCAUAUGUCUCGGUCCCAUCGAGAGUGUUGCAGAACAUAUACAAGAAGACGCUUAAAGAAGAGUUGACAAGAUACCCAGAAGGAAGCAUUGAACGUCUAAGCUUUGAGGACGAGAUAUCACGUAUUGAACAGAACUUGGAGUGGCAGCAGGAAAACAAGUUUGGCCAGGUAGUUUGGGGAGAACGCUCUAUUGUCAAACAGAAGCUAUCAGACUUCGCGAUAAUUAAACUAAAUCCGAAAAUACGCUGCAGAAACUACUUGGGUGACGACCUUUCUGGUAUCCCAGAUCCGGUCCUACGUUUCAAGAACCUAUAUGUGAGAAAAAAGUUGAUGACUUUGAGACCGGGGCUCGAAGUCUUCAAAGUUGGUGCUUCGUCCAAAUACACACGUGGAACUGUUAAUGGCUCCAAGAUUGUAUAUUGGGCAGACGGUAAAAUACAGAGCACAGAGUUCGUUAUUUCCUCUCCCCAACCCUUCUUUGCCACCGGUGGCGAUUCUGGAGCCUGGCUUCUCACGAAGCUAGAUGACGAACUUGGGCUAGGUGUUGUUGGGAUGUUGCAUAGCUACGAUGGCGAGCAAAAGCAAUUUGGCCUUUACACUCCGAUAGCCGACAUUCUAGAAAGGUUACACGACGUAACCGGUGUAAUAUGGGACAUUGACCAGCCUCCAGAGUUAAGUAAGUAUAUCGAUUGA